UUCAGAUUAAAGGCAUUUGGAUCCAAAACUUAGUAUCUAAUUGCUUGAAGUCCGAAAUCAAAAUGAUCCUUGUUCACUUCUCUAUCGUUAUCUCCACUAAUUCAUUUGUUAUUUCUAUCGAGGAUAAAUGGUUCCGUAUUUUUGGUUCCAUUAUCUUGGGGCACUCACUCGAUAGUCUUGAUGAUUUUGGCUCCGCUGUAGAUAUUCUUAUUGAUCUGUAAAUUUUUGUACAUGGGCAGCGUCCCUUUGGCGCCAUCAUAUCAAUAGAUCUCACUCUUUUAUUUCAAAGAAAAAGUUAAUAAUAAAAUUGGUGAUUACAGAUAAGACUGCAAUAUCAAUUCAUAACCGCGACCAAUAAAUCAAUGUAUAACUUGAUUAAUCCUAAUCAAAGAGUAAUCUUGAUAUAGCUAACCAAACAAUAUAAUAGGUCCAUGCUAUUAGUAGUUAAAAGCUUUAAUUUUCAGAAUGACAUUGGACGCCUCCUAUAUGGAUCAAUCUUAUGGAUAUCGAAAUGUUAUAGUUGAGACUGUUUCAUAAGUCUAGAAUUCAUCUGUCCCAGGCAUUUUGGCAGGUGAUAAUUCUGAUAUUUAAAGUUCUCUGUCCCUAGACUAAUGUUCAUGGUUUGUCUCCCAUCCUUGUCAAAUGCCUCUCUCAGGUACACAAGUUUCAUCCAACCAGUGACAGCUUCAAAACUAUAUAAUGAUGUUAAGUCGCAUAAAGAUCUUGUCCAUUUUGAAACUGCGUAUGUUGUCAAACUGCACAGUGUUGCAAGACUUGCUCCUUCUCAACCUGUAUUCACAUUUACUCAUCCAGACUACUCAAGUAAGAAAAGCAACCAGCGUUACAAAAAGCUGCUAUUUGAGAUUCCUAAUGAUACUGGGUCAGUCUUGGUGCAUGGAUUUGCUGGCUAUUUUGAUGCUGUACUCUAUAAAGAUGUACAUCUUGGCAUUGAACCCUCUACGGCAACACCAAACAUGUUCAGCUGGUUUGCAAUAUUUUUUCCACUAAGAAAGCCAAUAUAUGCACAACCUGGCUCUCUUCUAGAAGUACAUUUUUGGCGUUGUUCUGGUUCUACCAAGGUUUGGUACGAAUGGUGUGUAACCUCUCCCUUCCAGUCUCCUAUCCACAACAGCAACGGUCGUUCAUAUUGGGUCGGCCUUUAGGGUUUAUCAAAAUUGUCGAUGUAUUUGUUGUAAGGAAAAAAGUGGCUGUGAUAUAAGCACAAGAUCAAGGGAUCAAGUCCUUGAAAUAGAGCUCUCUCAUUUGAUUGAACAAUGGGAUUUUGUCUAUAGAGUAUUAUCAUUUAGAAAUCGAAGCAAGAGGAAAAGCCUCAUAGAUUUUUGGAUUAGAUUUGUACUCCUAGAUGGUUUUAUUCUUUCUGGAACAAAAUUAACUCUCAAAAUUGUAGAAUCUCGACGAAGAACAUAAAUCAUGUUUUCGAUUUUUGCUUACAUCUACA